GGGAGACCUCCCUGCUUCGGACAUGACUCUUUUCAGCUGUCUGCUUGUUCUUUGCCUCCUAUUCUUCUGGUUCUGGAAGAGCACACGUCCCAAAGGCUUUCCCCCAGGGCCAUGGAGGCUGCCCCUGUUUGGGAAUCUGCUUCAGCUCAAUAUGAGGGACCCUCUGAAGGGCUUGGAUCAGUUUGCAAAAAAAUAUGGUCCUAUCUUCUCUCUCUAUAUGGGAAGCAAACCUGUAAUCAUAACUCAUGGAUUUCGUUCAGCAAAAGAGGUCUUCGUGACAAAAGGCACAGAAUUUGCUGGGAGAUCAGACUUUUACAUUAUGGAUAUGAUCACUAAGAAAAAAGGCAUAGUCGCACAGCCUUAUGGGGAAGUGUGGAAGGAACAAAGGAGAUUUUCACUGAUGCUUUUCAGAAACUUUGGCGUGGGCAAAAAUCUGAUGGAGGAAAGGAUCUUGGAGGAGUCAGCUUACUUGAUUCAGGCUUUUACCAAGAACGGGAGUGAGCCUUUUGAUCCUUAUGAGUUCACUGACGGUGCGGUCACCAACAUACUUUCCACCAUAAUAUUUGGGAAACGUUUUGAAUACAACAGCGGCUUCUUGAAAUACCUGCUGGACCUGAUCCAUCAAAACAUCAGACUGCCCGCAGGACCCUGGGCCUUGCUUUUCAAUGCUGUGCCUUUAGUGAGAAGGCUUCCCCUUCCCCAUCAGAAAAUAAUAACAAAUACCCAUAAAAUGUUUGCUUUGGUUGAAAAAGAAAUAGAGGAACACAAGGCGACCGUCACUCCUGGAGAUCCCCGGGAUUUUACUGAUGCCUAUUUAGAAGAAAUUCAGAAGCCAGAGAGAAAAGGUUCAAGUUUUGAAGAAGAACAACUACAAGUCUUAUUGUUUGACCUUCUCAUAGCUGGAGCAGAGACAACAUCAGGAACCCUGCAGUGGGCAUUGCUCUAUCUGGUGGCCUUUCCAGAGAUCCAAGAAAAAUGCUGGAAGGAAAUAGACACAGUUCUGGGAAACAAAGCAAGAGUGAAAUGUGAAGAUCGAAUACGGUUGCCCUACACAAAUGCUGUCAUUCAUGAAAUCCAACGCAUAUCAAGUAUAGUUCCUCUUGGAGUAACUCGUAAAUCCAUUAAUGAUGUGCACCUUUUUGGAUACAAAAUUCCCAAGGACACCAUGGUUUUAGUCAAUAUCCACUCUGCCCAUCGUGAUGAAUCUCAGUGGAAGUUCCCCAAUGAAUUCAACCCCUCCAACUUCCUGAAUGAAGAGGGAGACUUUGUGAAGCCGGAAGCCUUCAUGCCGUUUUCAGCAGGUCCGAGAAUGUGCUUAGGAGAAAUCCUGGCUCGGAUGGAGCUCUUCCUCUUCUUCACCAGCAUUGUCAGGAACUUCCAUUUAUCGUGGCCAGAUAAAUCUCAAGCGCCAGAUUUCACACCCCACUUUGCAGUUACACAAUCCCCAUCCCGCUUUAAGGUAUUGAUGAAAUGUCGCCAGCCAAGUGAACAGAUGUAAGGGAGGAUCCGCAAGACAACUGCUUGAAGACAACAUCAUUCUCGCCAACAUCCCUAGACCAUGUCUACUUCACAUUCACCACAAAGUCAUCUUCAACAACAUAAAUAAAGUGCUAGC